CAAAUCUUAUGUUUUCCCUUAAUCAAAAACUAUAUUUUUUCCCUCACCAUAAUCAUUCUAUCAAUCAUCUUUUUCAUCUGUGGCAUCUUCCAUAUUCUCCUCAAACCAAUUAGUUCAGAAUCAAAAGAAAUUGCAACUGCCUCUACCUUCCAAGGUCCACUACAACAGCUCUUUCACCUCCAUGAUGAAGGUGUGGAUCAAUACUUAAUAGACACUCUCCCAAUCUUUCUUUACAAAACAAUCAUAGGGUUCAAGGACCUCUUUCAUUGCGUAGUUUGCCUUUGUGUGUUUGAGCUUGAUGAUAAACGAAGGCUACUCCCAAAUUGCAGCCAUGCUUUUCAUGUUCAAUGCAUUGAUACAUGGCUAUUAUCACACUCAACAUGUCCUCUUUGUUGGCAAAGCUUGUUGCUUCAUGAAUGCUCCACUAAGCUCUCCGGCGAUUACAAUUCAAAUGUUGAAGAUGAUUUUGCUUGUAAAGUAGAGGACAAGUUGAAUUUGCAGUAUGUAAAACUUGGAAAGUUUAGGAAUGUGGAAGUUGGCAAUGAAGGGAUGAGUAAAGGUAAUUGUGAGUUGAAAGAGAGAUGUUUCUCCAAGAGAGCAAUUGAGUACGUGAUGAAUGAGAGCACUGUGCUUCAAGUGGCCAUCAAGAGAUUGAAGAAUGAGCCUAAUGGCAUUAAUGAUGGUGGGAGUGCAAGGAAUAUUGGUGAUAAAUGUAAUAAGGAAAGCUUCACGUAGAUUUGGACGAGGAUGAGAUUGAGAAGAGCGAAAGGGGUUUAUGAAGAUCGGUAAAGGACUAUUUCGUUUAAAUUACCAAAGGAUGUCAGUGAUAUGAGAUUAGAAUUGGAAGCAGGAAGGAGGAAAUAAA